AUGGAGCACUCCCAACACGUCGAGGCUGCUUAUGCAGACAAGCCCGUUCCAGACAUUGAUCUGGACGACCUCAAAGGCAACUCCAAUGCCGCCCAAGAGGCCGCCAUGGAUGCCGAAAUUGCGCGUCUCGAGACCGCAUCUCAGGGCCUCAAGCGACCCAAGCUGGAAAUGACCUUCUCCAACCCGGCCGUCUUCACCUAUGUCCUCGUCGCAUUUGCUUCGCUCGGUGGUCUCCUGUCUGGUCUUGAUCAGUCGCUUAUUAGCGGCGCCAAUAUUAAUAUGCCCAAAGACCUGAGUCUGUCUGCCAACCAGGCCAGUUUGGCCAACUCUGGUAUGCCUUUGGGUGCUGUCGCUGGUGCGCUCAUCUUGUCGCCUUCCAACGAGUAUCUGGGUCGUAAGAACUCGAUUAUCCUCUCGUGUAUCCUGUACACCAUCGGUGCUGCUCUCGAAGCCGGUGCUGUCAAUUUCGGCAUGAUGUUCGCUGGUCGGUUCAUUCUCGGGACUGGUGUCGGUCUCGAAGGUGGUACCGUCCCCAUCUACGUCGCCGAGAGUAUUUCGUCCAAACUACGAGGAAACUUGGUCUCCCUCUACCAGUUCAAUAUUGCUUUGGGUGAAAUCUUGGGUUAUGCCGUGGCCGCCAUUUUCAUCGGUGUCAAAGGCAACUGGCGUUAUAUUCUCGGUUCAUCCUUGAUCUUUUCCACAAUCAUGUUCGUCGGCAUGCUGUUCUUGCCCGAAAGUCCACGUUAUCUGAUGUUCAAGGGUCGUGAACAUGAAGCCUAUCUCGUCUGGAAGAAGAUCCGUGGUUUCGACUCUUACGAAUCCAAAGCUGAAUUCCUCGGUAUGCGAGAGACGGUUCAGAUCGAAAACGAAGAGCAGAGCCACACCAAGAAAUACCCCUGGAUGGAUUUCUUUACCAAUCCUCGUGCUCGUCGUGCCCUCGUCUACGCCAACAUUAUGGUCUUCCUUGGCCAAUUCACCGGUGUCAAUGCCGUCAUGUAUUACAUGAGUGUAUUGAUGGAGGCAAUCGGCUUCACACCCAAAAACUCCGUCUUCAUGUCCCUGGUUGGUGGCGGAGCAUUGAUGCUCGGCACAAUCCCAGCUGUCCUCUACAUGGAACGCUUCGGCCGUCGCUACUGGGCUAAUCUCAUGCUUCCGGGAUUCUUCAUCGGUCUCGUCUUUGUCGGCGUGGGAUACCAGAUCAACCUCGAAACACACCAGCAACUCGCCGAGGGUCUGUAUCUCACCGGCCUCAUCCUUUACAUGGGCUUCUUCGGUUCAUACGCCUGUCUCACCUGGGUCAUCCCCUCAGAAGUCUAUCCCACAUACCUACGUCACUACGGCAUGACCACCUCCGACGCAAACCUGUUCUUGUGCAGUUUUAUCGUCACUUACAACUUCACUCGCAUGAUGAACUCGAUGACUCGCAUUGGUCUCACUCUUGGUUUCUACGGUGGUAUUGCCGUCUUGGGCUGGGUGUAUCAGAUUCUGUUCAUGCCCGAGACCAAGAACAAGUCUUUGGAAGAGAUUGAUGAGUUGUUUAGCAAGCCGACUUCGGUUAUUGUGAAGCAGAAUGUUAAGAAUACGGUGCAGGUUAUGAGGGAUUUGAGUCGAUUUAGGUUCAGGAAGUCUCGCAUCGAGACUGACAAGGAUAUAUACUAUGGUCUAUCUAGUAUAUAG